AAGAAAGAAAGAAAUACUCCAUGGAAAUGGGUGGCUGGAGCUCAAAAAGACGCAAAUGGAUGUCUGCUACAGUAUUUCUGCUCAUAGCUGCCUUUGCUUCUGCCCAAAUCCAGGACGGUAUGCUUCUCUUCCCAUCACUGCCCAUUUUAUCCAUCUUUUAUUUUUAUUAAUUGGGCAUUUAUUAUUUGUUUGCUUGUUUGGGAUCUGCUUGAAUUUCUGCUUUAUAAAGCGGAAUAGUUUCUAUUUAUCUAAUAAAAAUUGAGAUUCUUUCAGCAUUAAUACGCCUGCUUUGGAAGAGAUUAUGAAAUAACCAAAGUGUUUGUUGUUCUUGAUGUUCUUGGAUGAUGAAUACCCAGCUGUGGUUUGUGAAUAGGCUUUGGUUAUGAUUAUUAUAGUCUUCCCUCAGUUCUAAUAUGUCAAACCCACUAGAAAGAGUUGCAGAAGAUGGUUUUGUUAUAGUACAAGAUCUUCUUUGGUCCUACAACUAUAAGUUUGAGCUUUUGGUUGAGUUGAUUUUUAAAAUGGGUUUUUAAAACCUUGUUGAUAGAAAGCCAUGAGUUCGAAUCUCACUGUCAAGCUCCAACUUGUUCUCUACCCUUCAACACAAAACAUGGAUUGAUUGAUUUUACUCCCUUUUAAACUUGCUAUACCUGGUACUAUCUCAGCUGAAACCUAGGGUCUUAGGCUUAUAAAACAUUUUGACAAUGUCCAUUGCCAAUGAAGUUAAAAGAAUCAUUUUUGACAAUUUGUUUUAGCUUCAGGUGAAUAAAGAACUAAAUCAAAAUGACACCCUAGACGUCCAUUGCUUCUUACUUUCAAAGAAGUUUUGGGUAGUAUAUGGAAGAAUACAUCAAAGGGUAUAACAGAAACAGUCUCUCUGUUUUUAGUUUUUACAAGAGUAAGGCUACACAUAUUUUAACUUUUUGAUAACUUUGAACCAACAUUUUAUCUUGCCUCUCCAUUUUCUUUUCUAACAUUUUUGAAGUCCCAAACAGACCCUUAGAGAUCAUGGAAAAAUUGGUUCAAACAUUUAAAAGGGUUGGUACAACAUUGGGUCCUAUGGUAGCAUUCUGAUGUGUAUACUUGAUUUUGCCUAAAGCUGUGAUGGGGCAAAUAUGUGCUGCAAUGAAUUUGAGUUAAUUCUAUGCAGGGCCCACAAAGGAGGAAACAUGAAUUUGACAUUCUAUCUUCCAAGAUCUUGUUACCUCCUUUAUUCUCAUUUUUAAAGCAGUAAAACUUAGAUUUUUACUGCUUCAGAUCAGGCAAAUUUGCUGCUAGUUCAAAACUGCAUUAAUUUUUACCAAAAAAAGAGUAGAUGGAUGGGAUAUUUAUUGCUCUCUGUCUGUGAUGACUUUUCUCACUGCUCACUUUGGGAAACAUUUGCAAAUGGGAUCUGAAAGCUAGUCAAAAUGAACUCCCCAAAUAAUUUUGCAAUGCUGAGUGCUUGUUUGGUAGACAGCCAAUCAGCUAAUUUUUUUUUCCGGUUCAGCGUUUAGCUUUAGUCUUUUGAAAAGGCCUUAGCAUUUCCAUUAGUUGUUUGACUAAAGUCAUUUCAUGGUGUUUGUGGACAACUGUCUAGCACAUGUUAGUAUUGUAUGUAUCCCCUCACAGGUUUACUAAGCAAUGGUGAUUUUGAGGAAAUUCCACCCGGGGGCUUCCCUUCGGAUGAUAUCGGGUUCUCGGAUGAACCGCCCAGCAUACCCGAGUGGAGAGCCAAUGGAACGGUUGAGCUCGUCGAGUCCGGGCAAAAGCAAGGCGGGAUGAUUCUCAUCGUGCCACAAGGCCGACACGCGGCGAGGCUGGGGAACGACGCCGAAAUAAGUCAACCGGUCAAAGUCGAGAAGGGCGCAAUCUAUUCCAUCACUUUCAGCGCGGCCCGCACUUGCGCCCAGCUAGAGUCGCUCAAUGUGUCCGUCCCCCCGGCAUCACAAACCAUAGAUCUGCAGACUCUUUACAGCGUGCAAGGGUGGGAUACUUACGCGUGGGCGUUCCAAUCUCUAGAAGAGAAUGUGAGGGUUGUUUUCACCAAUCCUGGCAUGGAGGAUGAUCCAACCUGUGGCCCUAUCAUUGAUGACAUUGCCAUGAAGAAGCUUUUCACGCCCAAUAAGCCCAAAGGUAAUCCGGUAUUGAACGGGGAUUUCGAAUCAGGCCCGUGGAUGAUGAGAAACGAGUCUUUGGGCGUUCUUCUCUCCACAAACCUGGAGGAACAAGCCUCGCCGUUGCCCGGAUGGAUCGUGGAAUCGAAUCGGGCAGUCCGAUACAUAGACUCGGACCACUUCAGUGUUCCGGGAGGGAAACGGGCAAUCGAGCUGUUAUCCGGGAAAGAAGGGAUAAUAUCCCAGACGGUGGAGACCAAGCCAAACAGGGCGUACCGGAUGACGUUCUCCCUGGGGCACGCCGGUGACAAAUGCAAGCCGCCGCUGGCGGUGAUGGCCUUCGCCGGCGACCAAGCGGAGAACAUCCACUAUACUCCCGUCGCCAAUUCCACUUUCCAGGCGGCGGAUGUCAACUUCACCGCCAAGGCCGAGCAGACGCGGAUCGCGUUCUACAGCAUCUACUACAACACGAGAACCGACGACAUGACGUCACUCUGUGGGCCGGUCAUAGAUGACGUGAAGGUCGAGCGGUCCAAGGCGGGCAUGGUGAAUCAGCCCGGAGGCAUUCGGUUGUUGCUGGUUUUCGGGUUCGGUUUAGGACUGGCUUUGGUCAUGGGUUAGUGGCAGUAAAGCCAUGGCCAAUGUGUAGGGCUGUAUGUGAUCUUUGUGAUGAAAUUUUUCAUGGUCAUUCAAAAAAAAAGGAAAGAAUGUAGGAAUGCAAAAAAAAGGCACCCCAAAAGGCCAAAAUUAAGUAAAUUUGGGACAAUAGUAAGUAAUCAGUGGUUUACAAUAUCUCAAUGCCCCUAAGAUUUUGUGUGGAGAAAUUAGAGCAAAUCUACAUAAUGU